AUGGAUCUUGAAGAUGACACUCCGCCGGAACUUGUCGAUAUUCAGGCUGACAGAGAGACGGAUGCAUCAACGCAGGAAAUCACUGCGAAAGUGCCAAUCACGAUAGUCACCGGCUACCUCGGCGCUGGCAAAACGACGUUACUCAACUACAUCCUCACAGCUCGACAUGGCAAGAAAAUUGCAGUGAUCAUGAACGAAUUUGGGGAUUCAUUGGACAUUGAGAAGUCCCUGACCGUUAACAAGGGAGGUGAAGAAGUCGAGGAAUGGCUCGAGGUCGGGAAUGGCUGCAUAUGCUGUUCCGUCAAGGACACUGGCGUGAAUGCGAUAGAAUCUUUGAUGGAAAAGAAGGGGGCUUUCGAUUACAUCCUCCUCGAGACUACAGGGCUGGCCGAUCCUGGGAAUCUGGCACCGCUCUUCUGGGUCGAUGACGGGCUAGGCAGUACCAUCUAUCUUGAUGGUAUCGUUACUCUUGUGGAUGCAAAGAACAUCUUGCGCAGUCUCGAGGACCCAAAGGGCAAGCUGGAGGAAGAGGACCACGACGGGCAUGGCCCACUGUUGACGACUGCUCACGUUCAGAUCUCCCAUGCCGAUGUAGUGGUGCUGAAUAAGGUCGAUCUGGUGACCAAAGAGGAGCUAGACCAUGUCAAGGCACGGAUUCAGUCCAUCAAUGGGCUUGCCAAGAUCCAUCUCACAGAGAGGAGCGAGGUCCCGAAGCUGGAGGGGUUCAUACUAGACCUUCAUGCAUAUGACCAAUUCGACGAGGCCCAAGUUGCGCCAAAAGGUCAUAGCCACCUGGAUUCUGGUGUGCAGGAGAUCUUCGAGCUGAUAGACGCCCAUAAUGGUGCUGAAGAAGCCUCGCGGCAGGGUAAGAUCAUUUUGAUCGGUAAAUAUGUCGCGGACGUGGACUUUGAGAAUAGCUUCAAAAAUUUCCUCGGAUGA